AUGAUUUCCAAGAUUCUCGUCUCCUUGGCUCUUCCGGUUGUGGUGUUGGGAGGCUUCGGGGCUAUUACCGGCCAAGUUCGAUGCAACAAUUCUGCCGUGGCCGGUGUUGAAGCGUGGGUUUGGAGCAGCGUGGCCCCGGGAAAAAAUCAGGAAGAUCAGCAGUUUGCCGAUGUCUUGACCAACACGAAUGGUGGAUUCAAAAUUGAGGGAUGGGCCGUUGAGAAUACCGUCAAGAAGUUCCCGAAAGGAAAAUACCAACUCUGGGUGCAGAUUGGCCAUAUCUGCAAUAAGGACCCGCAAAACUGCAAAUCCGUGAUCACCUUCCUGCUCCCGGACUCCUAUCAAAAGGGCGGCGACUACAAGCUGGGAAACAUUCAGCUCUGGAACAAUAAUGCAACGACCGAGGUGCGUGAUAUGAGCUCUGGCACCUGGAAUGGGCGCUCGCAAUGUAUCAAGAAG